AUGACUCAACAACGAGCUCGUCGCUUUGUGGGGGCCGAAAAAUUGGCCACUGAGUUAAAGAAACGCAGGGAGAAGGAACCUGAGUUUGAUGAAAAGAGUCUUUUUGAUCCUAACGUCAUAUCUCCUGGAACCGAAUUUAUGGAAAGUUUGCAUGAGUUCUUCAAAAGGUUUAUCGCCAAUCAAAUAUCGUCGGAUCCACUUUGGCGCCGGAUCGACGUUAUUUACUCUGGUCACGACGUUCCUGGCGAAGGAGAACAAAAAAUAAGGGAGUACAUGCUAUAUCAACGAACUCUAUCCGGAUACCAACCCAAUGAACGCCAUUGCUUGUAUGGUAUGGACGCAGAUUUGAUAUUCUUGGGUCUAGCCACCCAUGAACCAAAUCUCUGUAUUCUACGCGAAAACGUUUACACAGUAAAAUCUCCACUCCCACAGGAUAUUCCCUUCUGUCUGGUUCAUCUCUCACUCCUACGCGAGUAUAUUGGGUUGGAGUUCAAAAAUCUUGAGGUGAGUAAUAAACUCCUCGCUGGAAUCACCUUUUUCAUCAAGCAGGCUAUUUCUUUAGGGCGAUUCGGUGUCAAUCUCCUUCGGCUUAAGUGCGAAUUUCUCAGCUAUUAA